AUGGAAAGACGCCGUAGCCAAGCCUCUAAUAGGCCGGCCUCAAGAGCCUCCACCAACUCUUCCCACACCGCACGAGCCUCCUCAAGUUCUCCGUCCAGUCGGAGUUCCGUCAUCAUCACCAACCCAAGUUUCUUCGUCUGCGUCCAAGAAUACCUUAAGCCUCUCAUGGCUAUCUCGGCGCUUGGGUGCCCGAUCACCUUUGCCUUGAUCGUCUCGCCUAUCGCCGACCCCGCACACCUCAGCCACAACGGCUUCAAGUUUUCGUUGGAAACAGUUCGACUAUUGAUAUCAGCCAGCUGGUUGUUCUUCACGCUCACACUGGGCCUGAGUUCGUUCUACAAUCAGCUGAAGGUUGGUGGACCUCCUCCGCCCUCGAGCUUCUAUUACCGGUGGGCGGAUAUGGUGAUGAACACGCUAGAUGUGCUGUGUAUGGGGGCCUUUUUGAUGAUUGCGUUGGCGGCUGCAUCGUAUGUGCCGGUUGUUGGGUGGUUGGCUGUGGGAGUCGUUGGAUGUUAUGCCGUGGCAGUAACGAUCUACUCCAUCGUGAUGAGGUUUGAACCAGACGGGGAAGAUGGGGAUGAAGAAUCGGCUCGGUGA